GGACGCUGGGCGGGACUUUCGGCUUUGCGUGCAGGAGGUUCUUUGAAACUUUCUGGAUCUGUCAGUCUGCUUCACAGAAAACUGGUUUUAUCAGUAUUGGUCAUGGCAGGAAAACUGUAGAGUUGAGGCGUUUUUCCUCCGUCACGGAGACGGAGCUGAGGUUUUCGACAGCCCGUGUGAUCUAAUCCAAGCUUGGAGGAGGGAUGGCCACAUCCCAGGGCCCGGCUGGCCAGUGGAGCCCAAUGGUGAUUGUGGAGGCUGCGGGUGGAGCCCUGCCCCAGGUUUCCCAGUAUUCAGUGAAACCUGCCAACCAGGAAGAGGACUGCUUAUCCUUUGAGGAUGUGGCUGUGUACUUCUCCUGGGAGGAAUGGACACUGCUUGAUGACUCUCAAAGGCUCCUGUACCAGACUGUGAUGUCAGAGAUCUUAACACUCAUGUCUUCUUUGGGACUUAUACCUUCUGGGAUCCAUGAGAUGACUCAGCUGAAGUCUUGGGGAGAGCCCUCUGUGCCUGCGUUGAGAUUCCUGACUCCAGGUUGUUGGAUCAAAGUGGACAGUGAAAUGUCACCCUUUGAGCAGAGUCCGUCUGCAGAAGGUGCCAGGCCGUCCACCCUACAACAGCACAUGCUGUGCUGUGCUGAGACACCCGUGCUAAGCAUGGACAAUGUGAUGAUCCUCCAGACCUCCUCGGGUCUUCUAAGGCAUCAAGUGACUUAUAAUGUUGGGGAUGCCCCCAUGAACAUGGAGAGUGGAGAGGCCAUUCAGAGUGAGAAGAAGAACUGCAUAUGCAGUGACUGUGGCAAAACUUUUACUAGCACAUCCCACCUCAAUCGACACCGGAUGAUACACACUGGAGAAAAGCCUUUUCAGUGCAGCGAGUGUGGGAUGUCCUUCAGCCAAAAAGCCUUUCUUAUUAAGCAUUUCAGAAUUCACACCGGAGAGAAGCCAUUCAGGUGUGGGGAGUGUGGCAAAGCCUUCAAGCAUAAUAUCUCCCUCGUAUCUCACCAGCGAGUUCACACAGGAGAGACGCCUUUUACCUGCACUGAAUGUGGGAAAUCAUAUAUGACCAGAUCCAACCUUACACGUCACUUUCAAGUUCAUGCUGCGGAGAAGCCUUACAGUUGCAGUGAAUGUGGCAAAGCAUUUAAGGAGAAAUCCAGCCUCAUUUAUCAUGCGCGAGUGCACACUCGAGAAAGGCCUUUUCAGUGCAGCGAGUGUGGCAAGUCCUUCAGCCAAAAAGCCUUUCUCAUUAAGCAUUUCAGAAUUCACACCGGAGAGAAGCCAUUCAGGUGCAGUGAGUGUGGCAAAACCUUCAAGCACAACUGCUUCCUUGUUGCUCAUCAGCGAGUUCACACAGGAGAGACACCUUUUACAUGCACUGAAUGUGGCAAGUCAUACAUGAACAGAUCCAGCCUUUUAUAUCAUUAUCGGGUUCAUACCGGAGAAAAGCCGUAGAAGUAUACUGUAGUGGUUUGAAUAGGUUUGGCCCUAUAGAUUCAUGUGUUUGAAUGCUUGGCCCAUAGGGAGUGACACUAUUAGGUGAUGUGGCCUUCUUAGAAUAGGCGUGGCCUUGUUGGAGAAAGUGUGUCACUGUGGGGAUGGGCUUUGAGGUCCAAUGCUCAAGCUCCACCCAGUGUGGGAGAGUCUCUUCCUGGCUGCCUUCACAUCAGGUUAUAGAACCUCUGCUCUUCUUCACCAUGUCUGCCUGCAUGCAGCCAUGGUUCCUGCCAAGAUGAUAAUGGACUGACCUUCUGAAACUGUAAGCCAGACCCAAUUAAAUGUUGUCCUUUAUAACAGUUGCCGUGCUAAUGGUGUCUUUUUGAAGCAAUUGAAACCCUAACUAAAACAUGCAUCGAAUGCAUUAAAUCAUUUAAGAAAAAAAUCCAGCCUUGUUUAUCAUGUCCAAGCUCAUACAGGGGAAAGAUCUUUUGAAUGUCGUGAAUCUGGGAAGUGUUAAAAAAACAAAACUCACCUCAUCAAAGACCAACAGGUUCAUAGUAGAGGAAAGGCUUUUAUGUGUAGGGCGUGGGGGAUGCAGCCUCAUUUAACAUCAGGGAUUUUAUGCAGCAAAGCAUCAUGAGUGCAAAGAAUGUGGUAAAGUAUUUUGCUACAGGACUGGCUCCACAUUGAAUAGACUAUAUGUAUUGAGUGCAAUGAACAUGGGAAAUUGUUUCCAUGAUCUACCCUAUCUAUCUACACAAAAGGAUAUUCACUGGACAAAAGUGCUUCAAAUGUGGGGAGAUUUCACCCACACUUCCAUCAUAUUUAACCUAAGAGGCCAUAGUGCAGAGAUGCAUCAUGAACCCACUGAAUCUGGGGGAGACUUUGAACAAACUAUGCUCUUAUUAGCAACACAGACACAACCCAGAUAGGUUUGUGAAUGCAAACAUAGAGAAAGCUUCAGCCAUUGACCAAGCUUGUUGAGCCUUAGGAGUGAAUGUGACUUUGAGCAGAAAAGUUCUGAGAGUGACUUUUGUGAGGAAGCCAGUCAUUGAAAAUUACUCAUCAAAGAAGAACAUGGAUCAAGAUGAGGAUUAGUGCCAUCUUCUUAUUCCUAAGAAGUUAAUGCUUUCUGGGGACUUAGCAAGAGGAAGCUGUGUUCUUGGCUGCACCAGUGUGGAAUGGAGUCUCCAUGUUACUGACUUUGAAUGGGGGAGGAAGAGAGUGACCUCAGUUUAAAUAAGACAUAUAUUUUGAUUGUUGUUUGUUCUAUUGGUUGCCUUUUUUUCCCCUCACUGAAUAUUGCAGUCCCUGAAAUAAAUGAUCAUUUACU